AUGCCGGAACAAUCAUUUAAAACUUCCAAAACAGCUAGACCUAAACCUAAGGUGCGGGAGCCCCCUAUCGUGCCAGUUCGUAUCUGCUACACCAGCUUCAUGGACAUGAAGAAGGAUUUGACUCAUCUACCUCCUCAGUGGAUUAUCAUGAAAAAUUCCGAAGAUGAUGUAGUGCUUGGCAUGUUGUCAAGUAAAACUGAAGAAGUGCAUGUGAAGGGCAACUACCUGUUUGCUGAUGGAAAACUGUACGGAGAUGUGGAACUAAAAACCUUUGUUAUAAACGAUAAGUGUGCUCCAUUUAAAUGUGAUGAAUGUGGUGCAAGGUUUGCUUUGGUAAAAGCACUUAACUUGCAUAAAAAAGCUCAUUCUCACAAAUCAAGUCUUCCUAUUGAAAGUGAAGGACAAGAGUGUUCUGUUGAAAGUGAUAGACAAAAUGAAGACAUUGAGAAAAGAGAUAAAGCAGACCUAAUGCUAAAAAGUAUAGGAUUUCAGGUUGAUGAAAAGACUGACAGUUAUCAGAAAGAAGGGGAUCAUUCAUACUCUGAGAAUUGUGAAACCUGGAACAGACAGACAAGUAGAUCUGAGAUAACACCUGAUAAAGCAGACCUAGUGCUAAAAAGUAUGGUAUUUCAUGUUGAUGAAAAGACUGACUGUUGUCAGAAAGAAGGGGAUCAUUCAUACUCUGAGAAUUGUGAAACCUGGAACAGUCAAUCAGAGGGAUCUGAGAUAAAACAUCUUCCGCCAUUUCAUCAGGCAAAUCACAUGAGGACUCAUGCCCAAAGGCGUGGCAUAAAAAUGUAUGUUGUAAAUGAUUUGUGUGCUCCCUUUAAAUGUGGGGAAUGUGGCGCUAGGUUUGCAUUGGCAAAAGCACUGACAAUACAUAAAAAGGUUCACUGUAACGGAUUCUCCAAUCUCAUCGUUAAAGGUGAUGGACAAGAGCAUUCCGUCAAAAAUGAUGAGACACAAAGGGAAGACGCUCAGAAAAGAGACGAUGAAACCAGCAAAGAGUCUGACAUAAAGUUUCAGGAAACAGCUGAGAAUAUCAACUGUCAUUCUAUUAAACAAACUGACUCCAGUCAGAAAGAGUCUUGCCCACCUGCUAAUGAUCCUUGCAUAGCAGGUGACAUGCAGACAAGUGAGUCUGAAGCAAUGUGCAAUGUUUUCAAGUCUGCUCAAAUUGAAGAUCAACUAGCAGGGAGUUGCAAAUUGUGGGAAAGUUUUCCUUUUGUUUAUGACCUGAAUCAGCAUCGAAUUAUUCACACUGGCCAGAAAACCCACACCUGCCAAGAAUGCAAAGCUACUUUCACCUAUGCCAGAAAUUUAGCUCUGCACAUGAGAAUUCAUACAGAUGAGGCUCUUUCUUCGUGUGAAAUUUGUCAAAAAUCAUUCAGACAAUCAAGUCAUUUGAAAGCACACCUCAGGACGCAUAGCAAAGAACGGUCAUUCCUCUGUGAAGAUUGUGGGAAGACAUUUGCAAGUAAAGAUUACUUAGUUGUUCAUUAUAGAACUCACACUGGAGAGAGACCCCAUAAAUGCCCUUCCUGUCCGGCAUCAUACAGUCAACGUGGAUGCCUUGUACAUCAUAUGAGAAUACAUACAGGUGAAAUGUUUUUGUGUGAUAUUUGUCAAAAGUCAUUCAGAAGUUUACAGUAUCUUAAAAAGCAUAAAAAUAUACACAGUGGGGAAAAAUUCCUUUGUCAGGAUUGUGGAAAAACUUUUUUUAGCAAAUAUCGAUUGAAAACUCAUCAAAAAAUCCAUGAAGGGUCAUCUGACAACAAACACAUUCACAUGAGCGAGCAAUUUAUAUCAAAGGUACGGGAGCCCCCUUUCGUGCCAGUUCGUAUCUGCUACACCAGCUUCAUGGACAUGAAGAAGGAUUUGACUCAUCUACCUCCUCAGUGGAUUAUCAUGAAAAAUUCCGAAAAUGAUGUAGUGCUUGGCUUGUUGUCAAGUAAAACUGAAGAAGUGCAUGUGAAGACAGACAAUCUUCCGAUUGAAAGUGAAGGACAAGAGUGUUCUGUUGAAAGUGAUAGACAAAAUGAAGACAUUGAGAAAAGAGAUAAAGCAGACAUAAUGCUGAAAAGUAUAGGAUUUCAGGUUGAUGAAAAGACUGACUGCAUUCAUAAAGAAGGGGAUCAUUCAUACUCUGAUAAUUGUGAAACCUCGAACAGUCAAUCAGAUGGAUCUGAGAUAAGACCUGAUACAAAACCAGAAACUGUAGCAGCACAAAAUUUAGUGUUUAGAUAUUCUACAAAUACAACCAGAAAGGGUCUUUCAUGCCCACAGUGCAGUUAUAUUGCAUGUGGUCCUGCCCGUUUGAGGAAUCACAUGAGGACACACACAGGUGAAAAGCCGUUUAAGUGUGGAAUUUGUGAAAAGUCUUUCACAGAAUACAGUGCUUUAGCAAGACACAUGCGAUUUCACAGUGGAAAUUUGCCUCAUAUUUGUCAAGAUUGUGGUAAGCGUUUUCCUUUUCCAUCUGAACUGAAUCAACAUCGACUUUGUCACACUGGCCAGAAGGACCAAACCUGCCCAGAGUGUAAAGCUGCUUUCUCCGAUGUAAGGUCUUUAAAUCUUCAUAUGAGGAUUCAUACAGAUGAGCGAUCGUUCUCGUGUGAAAUUUGUCAAAGAUCAUUUAGACAGUCAGGUCAUUUGCAUAGGCACAUUAAGUCACACAGAAAUGAAAAGUCAUUUCUUUGUCAGGACUGUGGAAAAACUUUUGCAAGUAAUCAGUACUUAAAUAUUCAUUAUAGAAUUCAUACUGGAGAACAACCCUUUAAAUGUUUAUCCUGUCCAGCUACUUUUCGUCAUCGUCUGACCUUUGUGCAUCAUUUAAAAUAUCACAGAAAUGAAAGAUAUUUGUGUGAAAUUUGCCACAAGUCCUACGCAUCUUUAAAGUAUUUUAAAGAACACCAUAAAAUACAUAGAGGGGAGGAAUUCCUAUGCCAGGAAUGUGGAAAAAAAUUUCUCACAAAAUUGAAACUAAAGAAUCAUCAAAGAAUCCAUCAGAAAGUUUUUAGCAACCAGAAAGUAAAGACCUUUUUUUGCGAAACAUGCAGUGCUACCUUCAAUGAUCAAAGCAACUUCGUUCGCCAUAAAAGGAUUCACACAGGUGUGAAACCUUAUUCAUGCAAAAUUUGCAACAAGCAGUUUAAUCAGUCAGGUGGGUUGAAAGCUCACAUGCAGGUACAUUUGAAACCUUAGCUAAAGAGAUGACGUGUACUCCUGCCUGGUCUAGUUUUUAUUUUUUUCUACAGUUGUGCUUCAUCAGUGACAGCCACUGUUGGUCAGAAGUUCAUGAUGCUAUUUCUGCUGAUUGUUGAAUGUAGUUCCUGCAGAGAGAGUUCUGUCAAAAUUAUUUGCAUUUUUUUCUUGUGUUAUAUCAGUGACAACAGCAGCAUGAUUUUGUUUGUUUAAUAUGUUAAAAAAAAUGUUGAUGACCUCUUUUACUCCAUAUGCUAGUUCCUUCAAGUUAAGUUUAGAAUUAGACUAAUCCAUGAACAACUGUAUCCAUUUUAAAAAAAAUUUCCCCUGAUCAUUCUUUGUAAUAAAGUUUGAGAAUGUGUUUAUAAAGAUCAGGUAUUGUUUUCCCAGGACUUAAAAAAAAACAAUUGCAAGCAUAUGUUGUCAACAGUCAUUACAAAAGUCACACUAGGAAAAAACUAUCAAUACCCAUCCUGCACAGCCACAUUUCUGUUCAGCCCUUAGCAUCUGAAGCAUUACAGAAAUGACAACUAUUUAUGUGAAAUUUGCCAGAAAUCCUCCAGAUCUUUACUACAUCUCAGAAAACGUAUAAAAAUACUCAGCGAGGAACAACCUUUGACAGGUUUGUGGGAAAACAUUUGUCACAAAGUUCAGACUGAAGAUUUAUCUAAGUGCCCAUUCCAGUUUAUUUGGCAACUACAAUAUCAGGCAAUAUAUGCAGUGCUGCUUUCGGUGAUUCCAGCAAUUUCAGGCAACAAGAGGAUUCAGGCUGGUGUAAAACCAUAUUCAUGCAAAAUUUGUGACAAGCAGUGUAAACCGUCAAGUGAGUUAAAAUCUUGCAUUCAGGUAUAUUUGAUUAGGAGAACAAAUGUAGGAUACCUCAACCAUAGAGACAUCAACCUGACCUUUGUUUUUUUGCCUACUUAUAUCUUUAAUAAAACAACAGUUUCUAAUGAAGAAUAAUAAUGAUGAUAGCAUAAAGAAACCACUUUUUAAUUUAUAAAAUACAUCUGGUGAGAGUUUCUUUGACACGGAAUAGGGUUGAGAAAGAUUUUAUUCGUCGUGAUCUGUUUUAUUUUUUGUUGUGCAAACUUCUUGGUUACAAUAAAACCAAAGGGUAUGCAGAGCUAUCUUUUUAUCUAUUUUUUUACACAAGUAAUUCAUACUUGAUGUGCUGACAGAAGAGUGGGAUGAGUGAGUGUUUUGUUUAAUACAGAAACAUGUAAAAGGUUAUUUGUUGUGGAACUCUUGCUAUAUAAACCCCUUCUAUUUGAUGCAAGUUAAGAAAGUUGGAAUAUGUCAAAGUUGAACAUUUAAAAUGCAGCUUGUGUUCCAAAACCUGAUUGCUGUACAACAGUUUAGUAGCAUGAUGAAAUACUAAAUGGGUAGCUGAGACAUUACGCUGUUUAUAUAUUGCCUCUUAACUAGCAUAGAUCCAUGAGAUGUUUUUCCGUAAACCUUUGUAUCAAAAAAUGUCAAAUACUUACGCAUCUACUAAUAAACUUUAGAGAGAGG